AUGGCUAAAGAAAUCGCUGAAAAAUGUCAGCAGCCAGAAAUUAUUGUGACAUAUGAUUUAGCGAUAGCAAAAAUGGCAAUGCAAAUUCAAGAACAAGAAAAACCGCUAUACAAUAACAUUUCUGUUAACUUGGGAGCUUUCCACACAGAGAUGGCAUUUUUUAGAGCCAUCGGAAAAUAUAUUGACAGUAGUGGAUUAGUGGAAAUAUUGGUGCAAGCAGAAGUAUUAGCCGGCGGCUCCAUGAAUAGCUUCUUGAAUAGCAAACAUUUCAAUCGUUGCAAGCGCUUACAUCCGCUAACCACAGCCGCAUUACAAAUAUUACAUUUCGAACAGUAUUUAUCCACAACUAAUGUAACACUUGAGGCGAUGGAUGAACUGCUGCAAACGCAAAUACAGAAUGCAUCAAAUCAGACUGCGAAUGACGUCAACGAAACAAUCGAGUUACCAGAUUUAUUGAGUCGUAUUGUUAACGGUUAUAAAGAAUUCUGCAAUCAGACUUUGAUCGGAGAAAAAGGGAAAACUGCUCAAUUUUAUUACCAGUACUGUGAGUUUAUUAAUUUAUACCAUCGGUUUUCCAGAAGUAUCCGCACCAGUAACUUUGAACUGUACGUGGACUAG